ACACGGAGAGGAGGGAAAAGGCCAGCCCCAGUUCUUGGUACAAAACCAUGAAUUUAGCCAUUUUAAGCUGAUUUUGUGAGAACUGAAGAAUUGGUGUUUUUUUGUUGUUUUUUUUAAAAACCUGUGUUCCUGAAACCUAGAUAGUUUUUGUUCCAAACUUGGAUAGAAUGAAAGGUUGCAAAGAAAGUUCCACUCUUUCUGUCAAAAUGAAGUAUGAUUUUAACUAUAACCAUGCUCAUUCUGGACUGGUAAAACCUGAUGACAGUGGAAGGAUAGAUUCCUACACUUCUGCUUCUUUGGAUGGUACUUAUAAAGACUGCAUUAAAGACUACAAAAAAUUAUCAGAUGUCAGGUCACCAAUUGUGAACCCCAGGAUUGUAGAACUUGAAGAUGAGAGCAAACCAUUGCAUAACAAGGAAAAUCAACAUGUGCAACCGACACUUAGUAGUUCAAGUGAAGUAGAAGAACUAGAAACCAGUGGACCUUACGAAGACAGUGGCUAUUUCUCAUUUUCCCAAAAGAGUGGCCUUGAUGAACAGGAAGAGGCUAGCCUUCCUCUGGAAGAAAAUUUCAGUGACAGUCCACAGUCUUGCCUGCUGCAGAUUCAAAGCCCAGACCAGAAUCCCAAGAAAAACUUGCUGCCAGCCCUUCAUUUUGCAAAAGUUGUCUGUUCAACAUUAAAAAAGAAUUCCAAACGAAAUCAUAAAAUAGAUUGGGAGAAGCUGAAGGAGUAUAAUGGAGGUUCUAGACUACAGCAAAUAAUUGGCAGAAAAAUGGGCCUAGAAUGUGUAGAUAUUCUAAGUGAACUCUUUCGAAGGCGACUCAGACAUCUCUUAGCAAAUAUUUUAGCACAGCUCAGCGAUAUGGACUUAAUCAAUGUGUCUAAAGUGAGCACAACUUGGAAGAAGAUCCUAGAAGAUGAUAAAGGGGCAUUGCAGCUGUACAAUAAAGCAAUACAGAGAGUUACUGAAAAAAACAUUAAGUUUUCAUCUGAUGCUUUGACCAGAGAGUAUGUUAUGUUCAGAACCUCAUUGGCUUCUGUUCAGAAAUCGGCAGCCCACACUCACCCCAGAAAUGAUGCUCCAAGCAAAUUAUCCGAUCCAUCUGAUCAGAAAGGUUCUUCUUACAGUCGGCACAACGAAUUCUCUGAGGUUGCCAAGACUUUGAAAAACAAUGAAAGCCUCAAACCCUGUGUUCGCUGUAACUCACCUGCAAAAUAUGAUUGCUAUUUACAACGGGCAGUCUGCAAACGAGAGGGCUGUGGGUUUGAUUAUUGUACGAGGUGUCUGUGUGACUAUCACACCGCCAAGGACUGUCUGAACGGCAAGCCUCUAAAGGCCAGUUGUAAAAUAGACCCUCUGCCGGGUACUAAGAAAAGCAAGAAGAAUUUACGACGAUUAUGAUCUCUUAUUAAAAUAUCUAUUAACGUAUCGUGAAGGUUAGUCAGAAAAUGUUAGGUUUUAAUUUAAAUUAAUAGAAUAAAUGUAUUGUGAUUUUUCAAUUUUAUGUUGAAAUCAAUGUACUACAUGGGAUUUUUUUCCCACCUGCCAAGUAGAGGAUGCAUAACCUCUUAAAAUAUUUUAAAAUAUAAUGUGAAAAGGUUCAAAGUUCUCAGUAUAAAUUAGAAGAUUUAAAUAUUUUAAGAAAAGAAAAAUAGUCAUCUGGUGUUUGUUUCAGAGAGAAAAUAAAAUUUAUCCAAUUUUAUAGUAGUAAAGGAAGGCCAUGUAAUUUUACCUAGACAAUCUUAAAUAUAAAUUUUGUUUGCCAUCUAUUAUCAUUUGAGACAUUUUAUUUGCCUUACCAAAUUAUAUCUAUUGAAAUAGCAACUUCUGGAGUGUUAAUUUAAAUGUUUUGUCACCUUUCUUUAAUCUCUUUUCAGUGUAUAUUUCCAAGUGUCCUUUGUGAAAUCCUGUUUCUCUUAUUUGUAAAGUCUGUAUGUUUUAAUAUUUUUGUAAAUAUGUAAAUUUCUAUUUUUAUGAAAAGAUAAUAAAUAUGACUUGUAUAUACAU